ACACCCAACAAACUUCACUAACUGUCUAGAGGAAGUUGCAGGAGAGAGAAUGAAGUUCUUUUUGACCAUCACACUUCUUUGCCUGUGUGAUGCAGAAAUAUUACCCCCUUGCCCACCUAAUUCUUCUGCUUCAUUGGAUGUUGACAACACAUUAUUUAAUCUUGAGAUUUCUCCAAACACCCUCCAAGCAAAUACGACUUACAAUGUUAGCGUUAAAAUCAACAACAGUUCGGUUUCCGUGUAUCUGGCAGCUACUGUUCAAGAUAAAGCCACAGGGAAAUGGAAUAAUUCUUCCCUACAAUGCUUAGAAAUUGAUCAACUUUCAAACUCAUCAGUCAGUUACACCUGGUUAUCACCUCAAAGCGUGGCAGAUCCUGUCAAUAUCAUGGCAACUGUUCGAAGCAACGUAUCUUUUCAGCAACUUUCUCAAAUUCUUAAAGUGCCUGAAGUGCCCAUAUUCCAACCCACCAUGCAUGGGACAAACACCUCAACCGCAAUCCAACCCGCCAUGAAUGGGACAAACACCUCAACCACAAUCCAACCCGCCAUGAAUGGGACAAACACCUCAACCACAAUCCAACCCGCCAUGAAUGGGACAAACACCUCAACCACAAUCCAACCCGCCAUGAAUGGGACAAACACCUCAACCACAAUCCAACCCGCCAUGAAUGGGACAAACACCUCAACCACACUGCUCCACGGCAACAGCACUAUGAAGGCCACAACUGCAAACACAAUCUCAAUGGUCAGCACAACCACUAUUACCACCACAAGUGCUUCUGGUACCUUUGAGCCACUGGGUGGAUUUGCAAUCACACUGUUAGCAGCAUUUGUAACAGGUAGACGGUUGCUUUUGUAAAACAAAAUGCAUCUUGUGUCUUGAUUGUUGAUCAUUGAUAAAUACCUGCAUGUUCAAGGCCUCUAAAUCAGAAACACUAGGCUACCUAAAUUCUAGACAUUUGUACUGCCCUGUGUCAAUCUCCGUAGUCCUGAAUUGGGAACCGUAUGUCAUAAAAUCUUUCAUUUGUUUUUCCCCUUCUUCAAAGUGGGUAUACCAUUUUUACACAAUUUAACACGAAAUGUUACAGGCGCGCCAUUAGUCUGUCCCCAUUCCAAAUUUCAAAUUGACAAGGAAUUCAAAACUCGUCAUUCAGUAGAAUGGUUUGAUCGUCACAGGUACCAACAAAGGCCUCUGAUCAGAACUGUGAUCUGAAUCAUUUUUGCACAGCAAUAUAGUUCAACUUUGGAAAAGCCCCUCAGAAUCUCUAACACCUGACCCGGGAGAUGCAUGCAGCUAUUUGUUAAUGACCACUGCUAACUCUAAUUAUAUCUUUUGCUGAAAUAUUGUUAUGCCUUCAUGCUUGAAUAAAUUCAGAUUGACGGUGCGAUGGGAAGAUGGUAGGGUCAGUUUUCUGGAAGGAAAAAGUCCUAUCAGCUCAGGGGCCUACUCUAAUCCUGUGAUUGGAUUGUCUAACACACAGGUGGGGAAUUAUUUUGGCUGGCCGGGUUUUGGUAAGCUUCGCGGGCCACAUACUUAAUAUAGAUGCAAAUGCUGUAUAAUAGCUCAGAAUCAAGUCUUACACUUGUACAUGCAUAAAAUCAAGUGUAUAUGAUUGACAUUCAUCAAAAUUAAGUUGAAUAAAAACAAUUGAUGAGAA